AUGCGGAAGCGAAGCAGAGGAUCGAGGGGGGGCGGCGCCCGCUCGAAGGAGAGCCUGGUGGCGUUGAUGGGUGAGGCGCUGGCGCAGGGCGACCGCGACUAUGCCUACCAGCUGCUCGACAUCGAAGGUGACGCCGUGGAUGCACGCAGCCUGAGCGUCUUCUUUCAGGCCGCCCCGUGUGGGGCGACGACGCGCACCGCAGACUUCGAUCGGGCGAUGGAAGUGGUGAGCAGGCACUGGAAGAAGAUGGACGAAGGCUUGGUGAACGUGAUGUUGGAGGCCUGCGUGGGGUUGCGGGACUCUCAGCGUUUGAACCAAGUGCUGUCCUUCUUGAAGAGGUGCAACUGGGAGCUGCCCCCAUCCUGGAGCAACAGCAGUUACUCCGCGCUGAUCAAGGCGUUGGGGUCGACGCAACAGAUGCACAAGGCCCAGGAGCUGUGGCAGAAGAUCCAGCAGCAGGGCAUUGUCCCGAACGAACACAUGUUUGCACAGAUGAUCGAUGUGCUAGUCACAGGCCGAAAGUUCCAGGACGCCUUGAAGCUCUUUCAGGAGAUGCAGCAGAUCCACACCUGCAGGAUCCGCUCGAGUGGUGUGGCCAUGGCCUACGCGAUGAUCGUGAAGGGAUACACACAGCAGAAGGACGCGGCGAGCGCCCUGCGGUUGUACGAGGAGAUGAAGGCCAAAGGCGUCCAGGUGGGCGUGGUGGUGCUCAACACCCUGAUCGACGCCUGCUGCCGCACCGGCGAUCUGGCGAAAGCCUCGUGCCUGCUGGACGACAUGGCCGACUUCGAGCUGUGUCCCGACCUCAUCACCUAUAGCACGCUGAUCAAAGGUCAUUGUGCCAAAGGUGACUUGGACAAGGCGUUGGAGCUCUUUGGGGCCAUGCGUCGGCGAGGCAUCAAGCCAGACGCCAUUGUCUUCAACAGUUUGCUGGACGGCGGUGCGCGGAAGGAGCUGCCCAUGCUCUGCGAACAGGUCGUCAACGACAUGAUCGCCGCCGGGGUGCCGCCGAGCAACUACUCGGCCUCGAUCCUCAUCAAGCUCUACGGCCGGAUUUCGGACCUGGACGCCGCCUUCAAGGUCUUGGAGGAGAUGCCCCGGAAGUUCGGCUUCCGCCCGAACGCGGCCGUCUAUACGACGCUGAUGUCCUCUUGCACGUGGAACGGGCGGAUGGAUUUGGCCUUGGCGCUCAAGAAUCGCAUGAUCCAGGAUGGCCAGUUACCGGAUGAAAAGACCUACUCCACCUUGCUGCGGGGCGCCAUGCGCUCUGGGCAAAGCGAGCAGAUCGCCGCCCUCCUCUGGGAGGCGUUGGAGCAAGGAGAAGCACGCAGAUGCCAACUGCUGGCGGAUGAUGUGGCGCAGAAUGCCUUGCAAAGCAUGUCGCGCCGCGCGUCUUCCAACCUGGGCGCCGAGGAGCUGCUGCAGCGUUUGCGCGCGGCGGGCUACGAGGUGCGGCGACCCCAGGGCAAGACCAGUCAUGGUCACGAUCGAUCGAGACGUACCAAGUGCUGA